AUGGAGACUCCACCAUUACAGAGUUUCGGGGACGAAGAUCGAAGCUCGUUGAUGGAUCGGUUCGAGCGGUUAUCAUUCGAGGCACACCUCAACAAGGCCUUGCUUGGUCGGAGCCUAUCCGAGUCAGGUUUCUCUUUGAUGUAUCUCGAUGAUUCCCCAAUACGUAUGGAGGAGGAGACUCAGGCGUGCAAAGGCCGAAGAGGACUAUUAGAUUCGUGUGUUCUACAUCUCCGUUUCAAACGUAUCGUUGAGGUUGCUGCUGAGUUAAGUGGAAGAAAGAGAGAGCUAGAGAGGCUUUGUUUAAAGUGGAACAGAGAGCUACAGAGGCUUUGUUUAAGGUAA